GCGGGAACCGCGUCUCUGGCGCUGAGGGAAGCCCGGGGCGCGGACGACAUGUUCCAGGGUGCGGACGGCGAGGUUGGCAGGCCGAGUUCCAGGUCCAUGAAGCCCCCAGGAGGAGAAGCAAGCAAUAUUUUUGGAAGUCCAGAAGAAGCGAUUCCUUCAUGCAGGCCUAAUAGGAUGGCAUCUAAUAUUUUUGGACCAACCGAAGGGCCUCAGAACAUACCAAAGAGAACAAACCCACCAGGGGGGAAAGGAAGUGGUAUCUUUGAAGAAUCAACUCCUGUGCAGACCCGGCAACGUCUGAACCCACCUGGUGGGAAGACCAGUGACAUUUUCGGGUCCCCAGUCACUGCCACUUCACCCUUGGCACACCCAAACAAACCCAAGGACCAUGUUUUCCUGUGUGAAGGAGAAGCCACAAAAUCUGAUCUUACAGCUGCAACCCAUGCCGUGCCCCGAGAAGAGCCUGGUGAGAAGGGGAACUCCCAAGGAGACCAUGCCAAGGCACCUGAGCCCAUACCUGCGGUGGACAGCCAUGAGCCCAGGCUGGGGCCCCGGCCUCGCUCCCACAACAAGGUCCUGAAUCCUCCAGGAGGCAAAUCCAGCAUCUCCUUCUACUGAGAAGCGCCUGCUUUGCCUGUAGCCAGACCAGACACUUGAGAGAUAGGGGAUUGAAUGUUAGAGUUUCCUUUCAUGCAAACUAGUGGAUGGGAGAGGGUUAUUGCACAUGAGGCUGGCUGCUUAGUGGCUUUGUUGCCCUCUUAAGAGCCACCCAGAGGACUGUGCCUUCUAGGCUGCUGUGGAACACAUUUAGGGAUAAAAUGGGACUCUUGGUAUCCAUGCAUUGGUGGUUCUCUAUGGAGCAAAACGAAGAUGAGAGAAGAAAUGUGGCAGGACCUUCCCUGUCUGGGUAUCAGCAAUCUGCUGGCUGGCCGGGCAUCCAGGGACAGAUAAAAGAAACCCAAACAACCUGUCUGUCCCUGGGGAAACGUGGGAGCGAAGUGUAAAUGGAAAUACUGCAAAGCUGGUCUCUGCCUUAAACACUCCCUGGUAGGGAGUGCCGCUGCCAGCAUGGCCUUCCCUCCCAAGAUUACCUUUCCAUCUUACACCCAGUGUAGUGUCCUGCAGUCUUGAAACCGGUUCUCAGUCUUCUGCUUUGUGGAAGAUUUUUAUACACUAAUUCUCUGAAUUGUCCAUUCCUGAAUCUAAAACAAUGGCCCAGUCUCACAAAUCUUCGGGGGCUGGCUCUGCUCCUUGUGAUGCCAGGUUUGCUUCUAGAUUGUUCUUUUUGUUUGUCUCAUCAACCCUAAGUCUAGGCCCCCUUCCACAGUUCUUUCUACACAAGACCUCUAGACUCCACAGAACUUAAAACAUUCAGAUAUUUCCAAGUACUGGGCUUAAUCCGUUUCUUCCUUUCUGUUCUGUUCCUGUAGUUGGUGGGAAGAUGUGCAUGAGAACCUUGGGUUUGUAGGUUGGUUUCUUUAAUAAUACCUGAAAAGUUGUUUUUAAAUAACAGCUUCUCGUAAAUGCCCAUAGACUCAAUUCCUAACAUCUGGGGGUGGGGGAGAGUCCCUUUCUCAGGCACACCAAAGAAGAAAAAGAGCUUUUCCAGCCCCCUGUGGAAAGCUUGGUAGCCUCUGGAACACAUUCACAAAUUCUGCUCCUUCGGCCAGGAUGUUAAGUAGUCUGCCAACAGAGAUACUGUGCUAGCACAAGUUGUGUUGCAUCUUCUGCCUGGUAGAGAUCUCUGCUCAGUCCAGAAGGGCUGCAGCCUCCAUUCCCUACUUCCCUCCCGCCUGGUGGAUAACAGUUAACAGGAGAGGUUCUGGAUGCUGCUAUUGCUCCUGUCUGCAGAGUUCACACCAGAUGCCAGGUGUCAUUGUUAUUAAGCUUAAGAAAAGCAACAGCUUGUACAGUCACACUGUUUGCUUAACUUCAUAAGUGCCUGCAGGAGCUCUGUUUGCUAGUCAUGACCUGUUGAGAGGUCUGCACCAGGCUUUGUCAACCAAAGAGUCCCCCACCCCCCUUCAGUUGUCCUGCAGACUCUGGAGCCAAGAAACAAGUAUUUCAUGUAAUGGUCAGAUUGCAAAUGGGUUAUAGUUAAAAUCAUUUAUAAGGAUAUCAUUUCACAUUCAGGUCAUGUUGUUUUUUGCUGUUUAAAAGAAUUGUCAUAAAUGUUUCUUAACUUUUUAAACCAAAACGCAGUAACUUGUUUAACUUACCAGCAAAUACUGAUGGUAGCAAUGAACAUUUUGUGAUGUUUUCUUAAUGAGAACUUGACUUGUGAAUUCUGAAUUGGACUGCCAAGAAAUUCAAUGUUAAUUACUGUGUUGGUACAGUGGAAGGUAACUGUCCAGUUCUGCCCACUGAUGGGGACUUGUGGGUGGAGAAGGGGAACCUACAGCCGCAGCCCAAGGUACCCUCGACUCCCUGGGCAGCAGAGUGCCCUGCCUUACUUUCCCUUUCUCCCCCUUGUCUCCCUGUGGGGCUGUGGGUUGGGCUUAGGGCCGAAGCAGUGCAGAGGAUCAUCUGAGCCAGUUACCAUUUGCAUGGGACCUCUGGAAUGCCUGGGUGCGGAUGAAUACUGUUCUCACCAUCUUUGUCGCCUUGAGAAAUUACUAGUCUGUAUUAAGCCUUAAAACUUCUUUUAAGUGCAUUUGGUGCCAACUUUUUUCUACAGCUGUAUGAAAACAAGAAACCUGUCCUCACAUCACAAUGCAAUUUUGAUAGGAGCAUUUUGUUAUUUUUAUGAAGUAGAACAGGCUAUAACAACCGAAUUAAACGUAGUUAACCGA